AUGACUUGUGACAAAUGGAAGAAGUUUAUCCAAGUGAACAUUUACGGUCAAACGCUUCAAGGGCUACAGCAACAAGGAAUAGCAUUAGAAACUAUGUUGUGUGAUAUAGGAUGUUCGAAAGUUUGGAUUGUGGAGGGAAAAAUGUACAACGAUGAUUCUUGUCAUCAAACGGUCAAUUCCAGUGAGGUAUCUAUUUUGAAAGCCCCAGCUCUAAGUACUACUAUCGCUGACGUAAAAUGUCCUCGAUUCUCCACUCCAGCUGUUUCACAAGUUGAUCUUCAACGAAAAUUCACUUUGAAUUUGCCGAUAAAAUUCUCGGAAAUCAAUUCCAGCUAUGACGAAGAUUUUGAAACCAGCCAUGAUAGUGGCGAAGAAAGUAAGGCAAGUGAUGAUGCUGAUAUAGAAGAACUGGUCAACGAUAUUCUGCAAAAAGUGUCGGAAUCAGACAAAGAAACAGCAAUCGAACAGACGAUAUUCAGCAGUACGAUCACUGGAAUGAAUGUUCCAAGGUGUUCGACUCCCAUUAACCAACAUGUUGAUCUUCUUCAAACGUUCGAUCUACAUAUUCCUGAAACUGUUUCUGAAAUUGGGUCAAAUGGCGAGGAUGAGACGAUAAGUGAUGAACUGAUGGAAGAAUGUGCAUCGAACUGUCACUCAACAAGUUUGGAAUAUGAUGGAAAUCUGAAACAUGUCACGCUGAGGCCACCUAUUAUUCGUGUACAUACGAGGUCGAUGAUGGCGAUGACAAAGUCUGGAACGCUAAUCCGAAAGCGCAAAUCAGCCGCUUCGAAGCUUGCUUCUACAUCUAUAAUUUCGCGAAAACAACGAGUAGUUUUGAAAGAGUCAACGUCAACUGAUAGAAUGAAAAACAUUCUGAAAACUCUGAAAAAAGAAACUUCAGUCAUUCCGACUGUUGAAAAACUUGUUCAAUCGAAUCAAAAAGACAUGCCGCUCAUCAACAUCAAACGGGAGUUGUCGAAUGAAAACACAAUUCACCUGGAAUAUACUGAAUAUGCGGGCAACAUGAUUCCUGUGAAACCAGAUGUGCCGUUAUCUUCAAAUAAUGAUAUGACCAGCAUUCAAGCCAGUUCUCGUCCUUAUUCUGAACCAGUUUUGUUCAAUUUGAAAACGGCAUUAGCAGAAUUAAACGAAACAGUUGUUUAUCACUCAGCCGAAAGUUCUAUUGAUGAAGGAGGGCUUCAUAAUUAUACUGAUAACAAUCACAAUGCUCUUGACUCUCAUCGUCAAAUGACGUAUAUUGAUUACAACAUUGGCGAGAACGGAGGAGAAGAAGAGACAUUAAUUAUUGAACAUCAUGGAGAAGAGGAUUAUGAAGACCACUGUAUACACGUUGAAGAGGAUGAAAACCAUGAAAUAAUGCACACACCACCUCCUCCUGGUCUAAUAAAUACAAAAUCAAUCUUGAAAGAUAACACGAAAGUUGAUCGUGGUAUGAAAAAGACAGUAUCAUUCAAAGUGCCAAAAAACAAACGUAGUAAACUUGAUCAAAUGCAUCAAAUCAAGUGUCAUUUUCAGAGUUGUGAGAGAGUCUUCGUUUGGAAAAUGCGAUACGGAAAGCAACGUCUUCUUGAUCAUGCGAUGACACAUCUCACAGAAAAAUGUCUCGGAUGUCGUACAUGUGACGAAGCGUUGAGCACAUCCAAUCAAUUGCGAUACCACUAUAAGAAGUUUCAUCCAGAAAUAAAGUGCUUGAAUUUCAACAUUCUAGAAGUGUUCAACUUGGAGCGAGAGGAUGUCGCUAUCGCCGAAAUUUUCCGUCAAUGUUAUGAACCGCAAUUGUCGAUUAUUGGAAAAAUUGGAAAAAAUCGAAACAUGAGAAGAGAAAAAGAGAAGAGGGAAGAGUCGCAGGUUGCCGAACAAGAAGAAGAAACAAAUCACGACAACGAUGCUCCUAGCUCGUCAACAAAUCUUUUCUAG